GAAGAAAAUAAAUAUUAGUAAUAUAAAAAAAUAUUAUUAAACAAAUAAAUCAAAUAAAUGGUGUAAACAAAUAUUUACUCUUGGCUAAAGUGAAAGUUAUUUUUUUUAACAAAAAAUAAUUUUUGUCAUUUAAACCGUAAUAAUUUAACGAAAUUUCAAAAAAUACAAUAAUAAUUAAAAUAAAAAAUAAAAUCGAAAUGCAUGUGUUUCAUUUAAGCCUAUUGUGGGCUGCACUGCUAGUCCAUAUCACUUGGACUAAGGCAGCCAUCGAUCAAAAUAAUGCCAGUGAAUUGACAAAAUUAACAAAUAUAACAAACAUGCUCAGUGCUAGUGAUCAAAUGACUCCUUUAAAUUUACGUCUUCACGAUGUAAAUCCUUUAGUAAAUUCCUCAAUACCCUCGGAUGCUGAUAUAGUGUCUAAUAUCGAUUUAACGAAUACAUUACGCCUUAAGGAUUUGCUUAAUGUAUUCGAUCUAAAUGUUAUCGCUUCACAGUGGAUUAAUAUUAGAAGCGAAUUUUCAACAAAUUGUUCACAGGAUAUUUAUAAAUAUUUACAAGGAUUAAGCAAUUCCACAUUGUGGUCUGUUAAAAUGGAUGAUGCUUCGGGUCAUUAUGCUUCUGGUUUCUUUUAUGGCAACAACUAUUGGAUGGGUUCAAUGUCUCUAUGUAAAGCCGUCUAUCAUGAUGACGAUGAAGAGGAUCAGAUACGUCGAGAAACUGCCAAAAAUUCUGGACUGCCAUUUGCCAAAGCUCAUACGCAAACUUAUACAUCGGUCUAUAAUGAAAAUCCACCUUUUAUUCCGGGAUUUUAUAUUAUUAAAAUGCUCCUGAAUGAAACAUAUCCAACAAGUGUUGUUCGAACUGUUUAUGUGGGCGUCUGUUUGCCCUCAACUUGCUCUAGUGGAGAUGUUAAAGAAUUGGCCAAAAAUGCUUAUAGAUCAAUAGAAUCACGGGAAAUCAAUAUAUUAGAUGUACGAGUACCUACCGAUCGAGAAUUUAAUAUAUUUGAAGAUCGUACUUUUUGGAUACUAAUAAUUGUAUCAACAAUUGUAAUGCUCUUAAUUCUAACGGGAACCAUGUAUGAGGUGUUUUUAAGAAGACAAUUGCGAGAAGCUUUGCGACAACAGGACAAAGAAAUGAUGAAUAACAGUGAAACUUCUUCGGGUAUUGGUUGUGCUUCCUCCGACUACAGUGAUUCGGUGACGAAUGAAUCCUUGAAAAAAGAAUCCCUUAAAGAAUUGAAUAUAGUCCUAAACUUGCCUCAUACUGUAACAAAUAUAAAUGGUGUUAUUACCAGCAAUAGUACAUCCGAUGAACAUCUAGAAGGACAUUUACAUGAACCCGAGAAACUAAGCAUUUAUUCUGAGCUAUUGUUAUCCUUCUCGGCUAUAACAAAUUUCAAUGCCAUUUGUGAUCGUAAUGUUGGUUCCGAUACUAUACCAUCUAUACAUGGUCUAAGAGCUUUUUCAAUGGCCUGGGUUAUAUUGGGCCAUACUUGUAUUGUAAUAUUUAAAUAUUCCGAUAAUUUAGAAUUGCGCAAAGAUGUAGAAAAGAAUUUCUUCUUCCAAGCCAUUACAAAUGGACCAUUCAGUGUGGAUACUUUCUUCUUUAUCAGUGGUUGUUUGGUAUCAUAUCUAUAUUUCCGCACAAAUGCCAAGGGUAAAUUAAAUAAACUGGCCAAGGGUACCAAUGAAUUCACGAGAUGUACAGCACACUUUUUCGGCUUGGUUAUGUACCGUUUUAUGAGAUUAACCGCUCCUUAUUUGUUUGUCUUGGGCGUGGUGCAAGUGUCAAUGAAAUAUUUGGCCACUUAUUCUAUUUUUGAUCCUCCCACUAAUGAUCACAUAACAUGUCCCGAUUAUUGGUGGCGCAAUAUGCUUUACAUUAACACUCUAUUCCCAGUGGACCAAAUGUGCAUGCUGUGGAGUUGGUAUUUAGCUAAUGAUACACAAUUCUAUAUAAUCGGAGCUAUAAUUCUGAUAGUAUCUGUACGUCACUUUAAGCUAUCAGCUUUUACAACGUGUGUUUUCCUUGUUCUAUCAUGGAUAACUACUGCCAUUAUUGCCUUUACCAAUAAUCAUCGUCCCGAUUCUGAUGAUCCUUUGGCUUUGUUCGAUAAAAUUUAUGAUAAACCUUGGACUCGUUUGGGUCCUUAUUUAAUAGGCAUGGCCGUAGGUUGGAUUCUUUUCCGCACAAGUUGUAAAAUACGUUUAUCGAAACCAACAGUGAUUACUGCCUGGACUUUGGCAUCCCUUAAUUUGUUCGUCUUAGUUUUUGGUCUUUAUCGUGCCGAACUCUCCCAACUUACCGCUGCUCUAUACAGUUCUCUAAGUCAUUCGGCGUGGGCUUUGUCCUUGGCCUGGAUUACUAUUGCCUGUUCUACAGGUUAUGGUGGUUUUGUUAAUACUUUGCUUUCAGCUCCUUGCCUUUAUCCCUUCUCUAGAGUUACAUACUGUGCCUAUUUGGUUCAUCCCAUUGUUAUACGUUCAAUGGCCUUGAAUACGGAUUCACCUUUACAUUUGGGUGGUGAUACAAUGGUUGUCAUGUUCUUUGGGUUUGUGGUGGCCUCUUAUCUACUCUCCUUUGUGGUAUCCAUGUCAUUUGAAGCGCCCGUAGUAACAAUGCUCAAAAUUUUAUCUCCUAGUCGAAAAAAGCGUUUAGCUUAAUUUAUCAAUAACUAAAACAACAACUACGCUUGCAAUUGUUUUAUAUAUUUUAAUUAUGUACAUAAUUAUUUGUUAAGUUUAUUAAAACAAAAAAAAACACGAAACGAAACACUCCUCUAUUUAUCAACGAACUAAUAAUAGAAAAA